GGCUGAAUCACAUCAUGCUCCGUAGAUUUUGAUGACGCGGGGGUACGUGGUGGGCGCAGCACAAAUCAUGGUGUUGAGCUCCGAUAUAGGAGCUGACAGAAUCAGCACCUCCCCUCCCUCCAACCCAAAUCCUUUCAUUUUUCUUUUCUCCACCACCUUCAUUUCUCUCUAUCUUCCUCUUCAGACCUGCAAAGCUCUUUAUUUUUUCAGUAUUUUAUACCCACUAGUUCUUGUUCAGUUCAAUCACCGUUAUUAGCCUCAAAGCUUAAAGCUUUGCCCCAAAAACUGGUUCAUGAUAUCUCUGGAGAAACCUGGGUUUCUUUGUCUGUUUGAGUUUUUGGUUUUCGAAAGCUAAGGGGAUCAUUUGAAAACGGUCAGCAAUGGGAAGUGUAAUUGGUAGGGAUGAAUCUCCUACGUCGUUACUACCCGAGACAAAGCUUGAAUCAAAAAUAGUUGAGGCAAUGCGACGGAGAGCAAAGAAAGGGAGCCCCAUUAGGUCUUUCAAUACCGUAGUCUUAAAGUUUCCCAAAAUUGAUGACAACAUGAGGAAAUGCAAAACCACAUUUGAGGAAUUCGAUGAGGAUGGAAAUGGAAUUAUAGAUCAUAAAGAGUUGAAGCACUGCUUCCACAAGCUGGAGAAAAAUUUUACAGAUGAAGAAAUAGACGAUCUGUUUGAAGCAUGUGAUAUUAAUCGCGAUAGGAAAAUGGAAUUCAAUGAAUUCAUUGUUCUUCUUUGCCUCGUUUACCUUUUGAAGGAUGGUCCUGAGGCUCUGCAUGCUCAAUCCAGGAUGGACCUGCCAAAACUCGACUUUACAUUCGAGACAUUGGUUGAUGCGUUUGUAUUCUUGGACAAGAACAAGGAUGGUUAUGUAAGCAAGAACGAGAUGGUUCAAGCAAUAAAUGAAACUGCCUAUGGAGAACGAUCUUCUGGGCGGAUAGCCAUGAAAAGAUUUGAAGAGAUGGAUUGGGACAAAAACGGAAUGGUGAGCUUCAAAGAGUUUCUAUUUGCUUUCACCCGCUGGGUAGGUCUCGAGGAUACAGAGGAUGAAGAUGGAGAAGGCGACGUCUAAUUUGAAGAUUUCCAGUGUUUCUUCUGCUCAUCUUGCAAGCUGAAGCCCCCAGGCUUUCCAUGGUCUAAAGCUGAAGCUCCAGAAUGAUCACCAACUGUACUACAUGUUGGUUUCUUUCAUCCACAAUAAACAAGUUGACAAAAGUGUAGGAUGGUUAUCAUAACUCUUGAUUUCUUACAUGUAGAUUCUGAGUAGAUCCAUGAUUCCUCAGAGAUGGAAUGUAAGAUCCCAAACAUCCUAGUUCUAUUUUAGUUUAAUGAAAGACAUUACAGCAUUUGAUUCCA